AUGGUGAUCUUCGCACGUAGAGAUGCAUGCCCUAUCAUUAAGAAUGUCCUUCUUCUGGACUCUGAAGGAAGGCGUGUAGCAGUCAAGUAUUAUACAGAUGAAUGGGAAACCAACAGUGAAAAGUUAGCUUUUGAAAAGUCCAUCUUCAGUAAAACACAGAAGACUAAUGCACGAACUGAACCAGAGAUAUUGAUGUUUGAGAAUAAUGUUGUGGUGUAUAAGUUCAUACAAGACUUGCAGUUUUUUGUAACUGGUGGUGAUGAUGAAAAUGAAUUGGCUUUGGCCACUGUCCUACAGGGUUUCUCUGAAGCAGUUAUUCUUCUACUCAGGGGUAACAUUGACCAAAGGGAGGCAUUUGAAAACUUAGAUAUGAUGUUUUUAUGCCUUGAUGAGAUUGUUGAUGGAGGAAUGAUUCUUGAAACGGAUGGAAAUACAAUUGCCAGAAAAGUAGUUACAAACAUCAUGGAUGAUGAGACUCCCUUGUCUGAACAGACAAUUACUCAAGCCUUGGUAGCCGCUCGUGAACAUUUCGCAAGAUCACUUCUCAGUUAAUACGUUUUUCUAUCCACAGGUUGCACUUUGUGUGCCCAACGUACUUGGUAUUAUACUAGAAGCAUGACAUCCAGAUGUGACGAAACAACUCAUUCUUCUAUGCAUGUUUUAUCAUAAAGAGUAGCAAAUGGAGUAUUUGUUACAAUUAAGGGUAGUAUGUAGUGUACAUUGCAUUUAUAUUGUGUUGUUAGAAUACAUAAGCGUGGAAAUUAAAUGAUGAGGAAUGAGUAGUAGCCAUUCAUUAAGGUAGGAAAAAAAAUUUGACCAUAUAUGUGGAUCGAUUUGUCAUGCACCUACAGCAUGUAUUAUAGUCAACCAAUGCAAAACACAAUUGAGAACAAUUGACUUUGUAAUUCUUUAUACUUGUGG